AUGCAGGCCCCGGACGACGACGCCAACCGCACAGGCAGCAUGGCGGGUGGUUCUGGAUCACCCACUGGCCCAGGGGGCCCCAUGGGCCCUGGAGAGCGGGCCAGCACCGGAGCGGAAAGCGCUGCCGCUGAGGUAGCUCCGCAGGUGGAGGGGGCAUCGCUCGACUCCGGGCAGGCUGGAGAGGCCUCUGCCUCCGACAGACGCCUGGGAAGCCAAGUGCUGGAGUUUGCCCUCACGGUGCCUUUCCUGUCCUACGUGGAUGCGGAGGUGGCCCGCAGGUAUCUGACCCCAGGUGCUGAACCCUACCACGGGAUGGUUCGUUGGGAACUCACAGUGACUGGCAGUGACCUGUUUAUCCGAUUAACUGCUGAAGACUCUGACCUCCUGCAAAUUUCUGCUGCCUCCAUGCUGAACCGGCUUUCCAUAUUGGUGCAUACCAUGCAGCACUUCGUGCCCCCGUUUUGUGCUAAGUUUCAGCCCAAAAACGGGGAUUGA